UUUAUUAUCAAGUAUCAGCUUAUUUAUUUUAUAUUUAUUUAAUUACGAACUAAUAAAUAUUAUUGAAUAAUAAUUUGUCAUGUACUACUGUUUACUAUUGUCUAUUAUACAGGAAAUCUAGUGCUCAAAGCGCACUUUGCUAGGUAUUCAGUUUCAUUAUUGCGCAACUUAAAUUAUAAUAUAUAAAUCAAAAUGAAGACUUGUCAACUGUUGGUUAUUCUAACAAUCUUCGGCUUUUGCGCCGCAGAUCCUCUUGUAAGAUAUCAACCAGAACAAAUCCAUUUAUCAUUGGGUGAAUCUGAAACUGAGUUAGUUGUUACAUGGACAACAUGGAACGAUACAGACGAAUCAGUGGUAAAAUAUGGAAUUAAUGGACCAAUUCUUAAGGCUACAGGUACUUCUACAUUGUUUGUAGAUGGUGGUGAACUCCACCGUACUCAGUAUAUACAUCGCGUCAGGCUUGCUGGGUUACAACCAUCCAGUAAAUAUGUGUAUUACUGUGGAAGUAAUCAAGGCUGGUCUCCCCGGUUUUGGUUUAAAACUGUUCCUAGUGAUACCAAUUGGUCACCUAGCCUUGCUUUUUUCGGUGAUUUGGGUAAUGUAAAUGCACAAUCUCUUCCUAGAUUACAAGAGGAAACUGAACGAGAACUUUAUGAUAUGAUACUUCAUAUCGGUGAUUUUGCAUAUGAUAUGGAUAGUGAAAAUGCCAAAGUUGGAGAUGAAUUCAUGCGCCAAUUGGAACCGGUAGCUUCAUAUGUACCAUACAUGACUUGUCCUGGCAAUCACGAGCAAAACUAUAAUUUCAGCAAUUAUAAAGCUCGUUUCAGUAUGCCUGGUGGCUAUGAGAACAUGAUGUAUAGUUUUAAUUUAGGACCAGCUCACUUUAUUAGUAUUUCGACAGAGUUUUACUAUUUCCUUUAUUAUGGGAUUAAACCAGUUGUUUUACAAUAUGAAUGGCUUGUUAAUGAUCUUAAAGAAGCAAAUAGACCUGAAAACCGUAAACAGAGACCAUGGAUAAUUGUUUAUGGUCAUAGACCAAUGUAUUGUUCAGACGACGAUAAAGAUGAUUGUACAUAUCAUGAAACCAUCACUAGGGUUGGUCUCCCAUUACUCCAUUGGUUUGGGUUAGAAAAACUAUUUUAUGAUAAUGGAGUUGACUUGUGUCUUUGGGGCCAUGAACAUACAUAUGAAAGAAUGUGGCCUGUGUAUGACCAUACUGUUUAUAAUGGCUCUUAUUUAGAACCGUAUACAAAUCCAGGAGCACCAGUUCAUAUUACAUCUGGUUCUGCUGGUUGCCAAGAAAGAACUGACAAUUUUAUUCCAAACCCUCCAGAUUGGUCAGCAAUUAGAAAUAGUGAUUAUGGUUAUGGCCGUAUGAAGAUUUAUAAUAGUACACAUUUAUAUGUUGAACAAGUGUCCGAUGACAAGGAUGGCGAGGUAAUAGAUCAUAUUUGGCUCAUCAAGGAUCAUCAUAAGCCUUAUGGAAAAUUAACUUCAAAAUAAUUAUUAACUAAAUCAAAAAACUCUAAAUAAUAUUAUAAUCUAAGUUUACAAAAUGUUAAUAACUUGUAUACCUACAUACAGAUUAAACAUUAUUCUUUAUAAACUGUUAUGUACGUACCUAUAUUAUAUAUUUAUUAAAUUAUAUUCAUGAUUAAAGUAUACUUAAUACUUAUAUGUUAUAUGUAUGAAUAUUAUAGAAUAACAAUUGUCAUCAAAAUAUUUAGACUUAAAUAAGUAUCAGUUAGUUCAAACAAUACCUAUUAAAAAUGUAUAGGAUGAUAAAAAUAUAAUCACUAUGAUAUGAUAUUAUAUAUGUAGCUAGUAUUUUAUUUUUUAUCCAUAAUCUGUUUUUAACUAUUCCACGAUGCUAGAAUACUUGGACUGAAUAUUUUAAGAUUACUAAUUCGAUAAUACGAAUGUUUUUUUUUUUGUCAAUAUAAAAGUUAUUUUUAAACUGUCUUGCCUAUGUAAAUAAUUAAUGCAAAUUAAUUAUUAAAAUAAAUUUUUAAAAAAAUAUUGAAAAUGUGAUUGGAAUUGUCAUAGAUUAGUUUAGGAUUUUAUUAUAAAUUAUAAUAACUUAUUACUUAUGUAACAUAGGUUUAUUAAAUAUACCAAUAGUUUGUAAGAACAUUAAACGCGAGUUAUAGUGACAGCCGAGCGCAAAAUAUUUUUGUGUGACGGUUUUAAAUUUAACAGUGGUUAGAAACAAAAUAAAACAUUAAGAAUUAAGAUAUAAUGUUUAUAAAAAUAUAGAACAGUAUAUUAACAA